AUUCUGCAUCAAGCCCGCGACUUGAACGCGCGAAUACGGCCGACUAGGCGACGAACCGAGCUGUGUUUACUCGCGUGAUUCCGUCACCGUCCGUCACCCUGUUCAAGUCGCGUUCGAAACGAAAAAAAAGUGCGGGUUUGAGAUUUUUGAAGAUGUAACACCGCGUUUGGCCGUGACCAAAGGCGCGAAGGAGGAGUUUGCUGACAGUUCGGACAACGAACCUGGAUUAGAAUCGAUCGAUCCGUAUGGAGUGACCGCAAAAGGAUUGACACGUUCCGGACGAUUUUGGAUAAGAAUUCCGGGGGCCAGUGAAGAAUGAGAGUGGGUGCAGAUCAAUCAUACUUAGUGUUGGCUAGAAUCACGGUGUGUAACGAUCGUGUGGAAAAUAAAAAUAAUAAUAAAGAAUAAAUAAUUGUAGGAAAAAAAAUCUACACCCCAGAAGUUGGUCAUUGGUCAGUGGGAAGUUCUAGAAGAGAGAGAAAAAAAAACAUCGAAGAUCAAUCGUCAACUCGCGAUGGCUUGAAGAAUCCAGUUCUGGUCGAGAACUGGAGCCGUGAAUACGUGUGACAAAGUGACACGGAAGCCGAGGUGCUCCGCGAUAGUUGUGAAACGUGAAAUAGUGAAAAACGACGAAGACGACGACGAACCCCGCACACUCCUCUGGAUUUAUGCACGUGUGCACGUGCGUCGAACGAGUGACCGUGCGUGAAUCGAGAAGUUGAGUGACAGAGAGAGAGAGAGGGAGAGCAAGAAAAGCUUCAAGGAAUAGUGAAAUAGUGAAAAGGUGUGCGAAGAAAAGGGUGCGACGGAGAUACGCUGGUUUUAGAACGAACGAUUACUAUAUAUGGUUCUAUUCUAAACAAACCUUAAUUCGCACACACACACACCCAACCCAAACCCCAGACGUCGGGACGCACCCCACCAUGAGCGAGUUCAGACUGGCCAGCCCCGUCGGAACUCCCGGCACCGUGCGAAGGGCCAAACGGGGGGCCGCCGAUGGCGUCGUGAUGACUUCCACGACGACGCCCAAGACGAUUGUCGCCGAGGCAAAGUUUGAAGGACUCACGCUCGAGGGCGUCAACCAGAAUUUGGUCGAUAUCCGGGCGGACGAAGGAGAGGUCGAGGCCGUCAGCCGGGAAGAGGAAAUCAUCAAAAAGCGCAAAACCGAGCUGACGACCACGCGCCAGAUCGAAACGCGCAUCAAGCGCCAGCUCCUGCUCGAGGAUGGCAAGGUCAUCGAGGACUCGGGCCCGAUCGUGUCCACCAACACGACGGAGGACACGGACCGCCAGGAGACGGUGCAAACCGAGCACCGAACCCUCGGAGACCCAACGGAGGAGGAAGUUACCAAAAGUGCGCUCGAUGCUGCUGGCAAUCCGGUAGCCCUCGAGGACGGUGGCACACAGAAACUAGUCAGUGAUGGUGGUGGAGGAGGGGGAGGAGCAGUUGCGGAAGGUAGCGGAAAACCAAAGACGAUCAGCGCCAUCGUGGCCCGGCCCGAUGGACUGCUGAGAAACACCAAGGAGGAGGUCGAAGUGUCCCGGGAGGAAACCAAGGAGUGCACCGUGAUGGCCGAGCGGAAACACUACGGAGACUUCACCGACGAUGCUUACCUGCGCGCCAUCAACAGUGGCGUGGACGACAUCCGCGAGCUGCUGCUGACGGAGGAGGCCCGCCUGGAGCUGGCCCCGUCCGGCCCCCAGCUGGUCAGCCACAGCACCAAGUCGCGCAAGGUCGUCGACAGCGAGGACACCGACAUCCAGCUGUCGGCCAAACCGGACGGCACACUCGUCACGGAGAAGACGCAAACGCGCCAGCACGAGGUCCUGUUCGACGACGACCUGCCCGGGGACGAACGGCUGAGCACCGGCAUCGAUCAGGUGGACAGCGCCGAGCGGAUCAUCGAUCAAAAGGCCUCCUCCGCGCGAUACUUCAAGCAGCGCGAUGAGCAGCACGUGGAUCUAAUCGACUCCGCCGGACAGGUCGUGGGCCACGAGAUGCGCUACUCGGCGGAAAACACCCAAAUGGAAAAGGACGCCACCGGACGUCCGGAGAACCUGCUCUCCGAGUGGGACUCGCUCUCGGAUCGUCUGCGGAAGGCCCGCCGGUUGGGGCGCCACUCGACGCCCAAGGAGGUCGCUGGAGUGGUCACGGGACUGCCGCAGCCGUUGAUCGAUCGGACGGAUGCGUUGACGAAGCGGCCGCUGGACUUUGACCGGGAGGACGAGACGCGGAAGCACGAGACGAGCAAGUGGUUGGAGAGUCACUUUGGGAGUGAGUCGAGGUCGUCGCGGGGAUCGCGGGACGAUCUGGAUGAGCUGGUGGAGCCGACGAAGAAGACAUACUUCAAUGUGACGAUCAAGAGUAAUGAGGAUGGUCAUGGGUUGAGUUCGGUGGGGAAGGUUGUGUUGCCGGAGCGGGAGGAACCUGUGGGGCGGAAGUACUUCCAGGGGGUGAGUGAGUGGAACGAGAGGAAUCGGUACCGGGGGUCGCGGGAGAAUUUGGUGGAUGGUGAUGAGUACGGUGGGUACAGGUCGUCGGGGAAAUUGAAGGACUCCUCGUACAAGGAGGACUCGGCGUACGUUUCUUCGUCGACUUAUUUUACGACGCCGCGAUCGCCGAAGCACUUGAAGGAUAGUAACUUCAACGCCAGGUAUGGAAGGGAGGCACGAUCGGUGUCGCCUGAUCGUAUUGAGUACGUUGUUCAGGAGGAUCGCCCGGCGGUUCCACAGCGGAAGAAGGCGUUGGAGCGGAAGCUGACCAACGGCAGUGGCAUGAUGCAGAAGCAGCACGUCGUUGAGGUGGCCCCGCCGCAGGUCAUCGAGUACGCACCGCGCAGUCGAUCGAUUUCACCGAUACAGAUUCCCCCGGCGGCGACGACCUUGCGCAAGCCCUACCAGAAGACGCGCUUCAGCAGCAUCCAGGAUCUUAGUCACACGUCGUCCCGCAACGGGACCGCCAACGGCAACUCCCGCGCCCAGAGCACGCCGCCCAAGAGCAAGGUCGGUUCGGCGAUCGGGAACAGCAUCCGCAAGCUGGUCGGCAAGAUCCGGUCGGCCAGCGCCGAACGCAAACUACGUCUCAAAUCAGCCGUCAAGCAAAGUCGAAGAUCACCCUCCCCGACCUCCUCGUCCGCCGCCGCCGCCGCCAAACGCAACAGCUCGUCCAGUGCAACCUACCAGCAGUACAACGUCAUCGACGGUCACAUUGGACGAGGAUACUCACCACCACCACCACCAACUCAACCUCCAUCGGCAGCUGCUUUGCAAAACCAGUCAGCCCAACGCACAGUCAGUCACAAACAGAACGGCAACCCGGCCAGACGUUCAGAAGUACGCGAUCGUGAACCAGCAAGCUACGACCGGCGCGGAUCGUCCGACAUCGUGUCCGACAUGACGACCAACAGUGCGGGCAUUCCGAUCCCCAAGCAAAAGUACUACCUCGGCGAGAAUCCGUACGGCGGGAGCAUCUUUGGCAAGGAGAACAAGUACGGGGAAGGGGCGGCAGGUCGUGCAGGUCAACAGCAGCGGAUGACCGAGGAGAGGAUCGUGACGUCGUCGUCGCAUGCGAGGAGCUACAGUCAACCACCCCCUCCGACCGGAAGCACACUGGGCCGAUUCAGCAAGAGUACCAAUCGGCUAACCUCCAACGGACACGACCGCAACGGAUCGUCCUCGUACGUGCAGCAGCAACAGCAGCACUACCAAACCAGCUCCCAAACCCUGCCCCGAAAGCUGUACGAGCAAAAGGCCAAAAGCAAACCGCUCCACUCGUCCACGAUCAACGUUUCGAUCGUCAACAACGUAUCCCCUUCGCCGCAACCGCCGCUGACCAACACGGGCCCGGUGAAACCCGCCCGCACCUACAAGGCCCUCAACCGCAGCAAGUCGUUCAACGUGCACGGCCUCAACGGAACCAACGACCCUAGUCCCAUCUACCUGGAGAAGCUCAACCGCAACAACUACAACUCGUUCUACCGGUCCAACUCCCACCUGGACGACCUGCAGCGGACGCCGUCCCGCCACCAGAACGAGUCCAUGCAGCUCAAGAGUCCCUCGAUCGUGAACCUGAUCAGCCGAAGUACGCGCGACCUCACCCAAAGCCCGCUGUACGAGGACGAGCGCGUCCACGAGUACUCCACCAACAAGAAAACGGUCUUCCUCAAGAACCUGCAGAACCGCGCCCCCGAACUGUACCGAACGCUGCACGGCGAACACGCUCCCAGUCCGUCCCGCGAGUACCUCAACACCUACAUCAACCGCGAGCAGGAAUCGUCCCUCGGUUCCCGCUCACCCCUCACCAUCAACAAGGACACCGCCAGCAUCGUGCGCCGCGGCAGCUCCAGCACCGAAGACUACUCCGAGUCGUACAAAAUCACCCAGAAGAACGAGGAUCCGGCCCGGCCCGGCAUGACCAACACGGUGCGCAACUUUAGCAAAAAGACCGUCCCCACCAAGGACGGCCGUGGCCUGCAGACGAUCGAAACGAGCGAGGUGCGCACCACGUCCAGCAGUCGCUACCGCAGCGAUCCGGCCGCCUCGGGGCUCAAGUACCAGGAGUUUCGCAACGGCGGCGGCGCCGGAUCCACCGGAGGAGUCGUGAUCGAACUGAGAGGGAACUCGUAGAGUGUGUGCGGGUCGAUGAUUUUAAUUUGGUAACCCCACUUUUUUUUCUGUGUGUUUGUGUUUUCUUCAAACUGUUUUUAAACAAAAAAAUCUCUUUUUAAACCUCCUAAUCGAAGUGAAGCAAAAAUGUCAAGAAUUUCUAGUUGUGCCAGAACCGUUGAGUGGACACACCCACACACAUCUCUUGAUUUGGUUUUAAUUCGUUUCGUGUAUCGUGUACUCUAGGAAACUAAUCGAAGAUUUUUUCUAAUAAUCACAAAAAAAGUGUAUUAAAUACCUAUUUGCUCCACGAAAACUGAAAAUAAACGUGAAAUAAAGUAACAAAA